UCGGGCCGGAUGCGCGACAAGGACCUCGUCCGCGAAGUGGACCGGUGGUUCGCAUCCGAGUUCCAAGACUGCAUAUACGAGGAGCACGAGGUUUGUUGGGAUGUCAGGCAACGGGGUGAGGUCGGGGAAACCAUCCUCCAUCUCUGUUACCUCAACAACACCGAGGUCCACCAGGCCAUUGCCGAACACCUUCUUGCGCUCUAUCCCAAGCUUGCACUGGACAUCUACGAAGGGUUCGAGUAUUAUGGUGAAUCAUGUCUUCAUAUUGCGAUUGUCAACCAUGAUCUCGAUUCGGUAAAGACAUUGUGUAAAUGCGGAGCAAAGCUCGACCAGAGGGCUACAGGAAGAUUCUUCCGACCUUCAAAGAAUCUGACGGAUGGCGUGACCGACAAGGAUGAAGAGAUGGACUGUCGGGGGCAGGCAUACUUCGGGGAGUUCCCUCUAGCCUUUGCCGCCAGCCUAGGAGACAAGGCCAUCUAUGACUUCCUGAUCGAGGAGAGCGUCCGGGUCGAUCGAAGGGGUGAGAUGGUCAUCAAGGGUAGAGUGAACCCCGAUGAUCAAGAUUCUUAUGGCAACACUGUUCUGCACAUGGUGGUCAUCAACAAUCAAAAGGAGAUGCUGAUACAUGUUGUACGUCAUAGCAUCAUGCCAGCAAGUAUCGUCCUCAGGAACAACAACGGUCUGACCCCUCUGGAACUCUCCUUCCGGCUAGGUCGAUGUGCCCUAUUCGACACCCUCCUGGAUCUAGGUAGCCAGAAACAGUGGACGUACGGUCCUCUGUCCUACGUAGCCUAUCCUCUACCGGGUCUUGACUCCAUUGGUCCCAAUGGAAGACUUGAUGAAAAUUCAGCCUUGAUGACGAUAGUCCGCUGUGGGCAGGCACAGCAUUUGAAGAUGUUGGAGGUCCAAAUCAUCCAUUUUCUACUCCAAGAGAAGUGGCAACGCUAUGCCCGACAACGCCUGAUCAUGAAGUUCGCCAUCACCGUUAUCCAGUUAUUAGCGAUGUGUAUAGUUUCCUUCGCGCGGAAGAGGAUAACACCGGGCGACGAAGACAGGGCGACAGAGAAGAAGUUCUUCAGUGGUCAACACUUCGAAAAAAUAACACUCACUCCUUUGGUCAUCGCAAGAUAUAUAGCGGAGGCUGUGGUAAUCUUCAUUUGUAUAUUGAGAAUGGGAGAAUCAGCUAUCGAAGUAAAUUCAAGAAAGUCUUUUAGGAGUUACGCUAAGACACUGAUUGAGUUACCUGAGAAGGGGUUCAUGAUCAUAGCAACCAUUCUCUUCCUCUUCUGCAUCCCGCUAAGGUUCCUGGGUUACAAGUGGGAGGAAGACGCCCUCAUCAUCAUAGCAAGUCCGCUCUCAUGGAUGUAUCUCCUAUACUUCUACAGAGCUAAUCAAAGCCUUGGUCCAUUGGUUGUGAUGUUCGGACGAAUGUGUAUAGGAGACAUCGCCAAGUUUUCCAUUCUCUACUCCACUUUCGUCGUGAUGUUUGCUGCUGUAUUCAACAUUGCCGUGGACAGCGACAGUGAAUUCAAAGACUUUGAGGAUUGGUUUGAGUCAAUAGCUACAACAUUCUGUAUGACCUUUGGUAGAUAUGGGGUGGUCACUACCAAAGACCAUGCGAAGCACCCGGGUAUAUCUAUAAUUCUGAUGGUUCUCUUUGCAAUCCUUAUUCCGAUCCUCCUGCUCAACAUGCUGAUAGCCAUGAUGGCCAAGACCUACACUGAGAUCAUGGCAAGAGCCGUGAUGGAAUGGAAGAGGCAGUGGGCGAUGAUCGUUCUUCAAGCUGAACGUACAGUAGACCCUCAGCAGCUUGUCCGUUACCAGAAAGCAUAUUCGGCAUCUAUAACGUUUGACCACCCGCAGGCAGUCAGUACCGAGACCACCCAUACCAAUUUCUCCAAGAGUUUAGCCCCACCAACUCUACUUACGGUCGGUGCGGAGCUUCCCGGGUCGAUAGAUAUACGCGAGAGGCGCCGAUCUUGGGUGACGCUGGCUCGGGAACAGCAACAGAUUGAUAUGAUGGAAGAGGGGCAGUCUUUACUCAGACGUGGCCAAGACGACUGGAUACCGAUGGCGGGAAAGACUGGCAAGGGAGUCAGUUGUAGGGCUGUACUUAUUGAAAAGCUUGUCAAUCUAAAAUCAGAGGCCGAUUGAUCACAUUAUUGGCCAUUUAUAAGAAAGGAGCUAAAAUGUUACAUCCUUGAUUUACUUUUCUUUUAUUUAGUAUCGUAGAUGUACGUGUCCCCUUUUUUCUUUUUCUUACUCUUCUUCAGAAAGUCUGUAAUAAUUAAGUCAACGGAAUGGUAAGAAUGUUAAGAAACAUCUGGAUUUUGUCUAAUUAAGAUCUACACUCUAUAUACUCAAUUCUUAGAUCAGAGAUAAGUCUCAAAUAUUAAUUGAGAUUGAUUCUUGUCGGACCCAAUCCUUAUGAGACAUGACCUCUGACCAAUAUUGUCAUAUUUCUCAUUUCAGAGUUGCGUAAAACAUCACAGUAUGUCGUUUUUAUAAGAUAAAGCUUGAAAAGUGUGUUUGAAAAUAUGUCAAUUCUAUAUGUGGGAGAUCUGAUUUCUACAUGGCUCCAGAAUGUAUGAAUUAUAUGCUCUGAAUAAUAUGAUAGUAUAGUUGGAUGUCUAUAUAGGCUAUCGAUACCUGCAGGAAAGAACACAGUGUUCACUCUAAAACAAAUAUUGGGUAAAAGUGCUCCAUGGGGGUCAUUAUGUGUCCAACCAACACUGGGCAUGUCUUUUGGGUAGUUUUAUUUAUCCCAGUGUGAUGAAAAUUUUGCCCAUUCUAAAGCAAUUGUUGCUUAUUUUUUAACCUUACUGGACAGUAUGCUUCCCGCAUUGGGUAAAAUACUGCCCUAAAUUGGUUGUACACAUAAUUACCCUCGUGGUGGUAAAAUUUUACCAACUGUUUUUUACAGUGUACCACAGUGUGUUCAAACAGUGUGAUAGCAGUGUAAUAACACUUUCACACUAUUAAAUUUGAAAAGUACAUAGUCCACUUAUUGAACAAAUGGUGAACACCCCCACCUCGGGGGUGUCUGCAGUAUUAAAGGUAAAAGAAAGUUGUUGCAUCAAACAAUUAUUUUUUCAUGAUAAAGUCUUUUAAAUCAAGGUUAAUUGUCACCAUAUUAUCAUACAUAGAGGGUUGGUAUAUUAAAUGUAAAAACAGAAUUUAAUUUUGUCCCGACGGAAGUUUUUUUAUCAACAGUUUUGUAGAGAACUUCAGAAGCGAUAUAUUAAGGAAGGUAUAAAAAGGCUGAUCGGCAACUUGUUUGCUGGAUUCCAUGCAGAUAUGAUGAUGAUUGGGUCUUGCAAAUUCGACAAAUAUCCGAGCCCCAAAACAUGCAAAAUUACCUGAUAUGUCAUUCAAAAUAACAAUAGCUUUGAUCUUUUUUGUUUUGUAAAAGUAUUUGUUUAAUUCAUUCAGCAUAAUAAAAUAAAGAUGUCUUGUUAUACGUGGAAACUGAAAUAGAUAUAAAAUUGUAAAACCCUCAGUGAUUCAUAAUUGUAAAGACAAUGCAAAUUUGGGUACAUACAAUGAUCAAGAAUCUACACCUGCUUAAUCAACUUUUUUAGAUAGUGUGUUCGUAAAAAAAGUCACCGAAGUGAUUAAGAAUACAUGGUUGGUUCGAGUGAUAACUCAUUAGCUUUUAUUUACACCUUUAUUUCAUUUCCAUUGUCUCGGUUCAAAGUGGAAAAAUACAAAAUCUAUCUCGAG